AUGGAUAGAGGGGAGUAUGAGACACUAUAUGCCAGAUCUGUAGAGGACAAUGAGGGGUUUUGGAAAGAGCAAGCAGAGAGGUGUUUGGUGUGGGACAAGAUGUUCAGUAGAGUGCAUGAGGGCCCGUUUGAGGAAUCGAAGUGGUUUGAGGAUGGCAUGCUGAAUGCAUGCUACAACUGCAUCGAUAGACAUGUGGAAAGCAAUCCGGGCAAGAUUGCAAUUGUGUACAAUCGAAAUGAUGGGAAAUCCGAGUCGUACACUUUUAGAGAGGUUCUUGAUGAGGUUAUGAAAAUAGCCACUGUGAUGAAGAAUGAAGGGCUUUGCAAAGGAGAUACUGUUGCAAUACAUAUGGCAAUGUCACCUCAGGCUGUUUUUUCGGCCUUAGCAUGUGCACGUCUUGGAUUGGUUCACAAUGUGAUAUUUGGGGGAUUCAGUGCUGAUAGUGUUGCGCUUCGCCUAGAGGACUCGAAUGCCAGGCUUCUGAUUGUGCAGGACGCAGUAGAGAGAUCAUCGUCUGUUAUAGGCUUUCUUGGGACCACAAAGGAUGUUCUCUGCAGAAGGCCGAUCCCCGCACUUGUGUUUAAUGUGCAUUACACAAGAGAUAAUAUAAUGAGUGAGUUAGGAAAUAUCGAAAGCAAAGUGAUUGUCUGGUCGGAUGUGAUGAAUCAAAGCGUGGAGUAUAUUCCGUGCGUUUCUGUUGGUGCAGAAGAUCGAAUGUUUUACUUGUACACCAGCGGAAGCACUGGGAGGCCGAAGGGAAUUAUCCACACAACUGCGGGCUAUCUAUUGUAUGCAACGCUUACAUCUAAGGUUUGCUUUGAUUUGAGAGAGAGUGAUGUGUUUGCAUGCACAGCAGAUGUUGGAUGGAUAACGGGGCAUACAUAUGUGAUAUACGGGCCACUUUCUAAUGGAGUGACCACGGUUGUGUUUGGAGGCACACCUGUGUAUCCAUCGUAUUACAGGCUCUUUGAGAUGAUUGACAGGCACAAGAUAACGCAGCUGUAUACAGCGCCCACAGUCAUUCGAACGCUUAGGAAGUAUUUUUCGACGAAUCCUCUGCAGCAUAGCUAUGACUUGUCGAGUCUGAGAAUACUCGGGUCCGUUGGAGAGCCUAUCAAUAGAAAGGCGUAUACAUGGUUUAGCGCGAAUUUUAACAACUGCCCGGUGGUGGACACAUAUUGGCAGACAGAAUCAGGAGGAGUGCUUAUUGCACCGAUUCCAUUUGUGGUGGAUAAAAAGCCUGGAUGUGCGUGUCUUCCGUUUUUUGGGCAGGAUGUUUUGAUCGCGAAAACAUCGUCUAGCCAAAUGAAUGUUAGUGAGGCUGAAUCUAACGAGCUGGGGCACGUACUUCUCCGGAUGUCUUGGCCAAGCAUAGCAAGGGGAAUUCUUGGCGACUUUGAAAGGUUCAAGAAUGGAUAUUUCUGCUAUAAUGGAUAUUACUUUACUGGGGACGAAGGAUACAAGGAUUCUGAGGGGCAUGUGUGGAUUAUGGGAAGGGCUGAUGAUGUAAUAAAUGUGUCUGGGCAUCGAAUAAGCACUGCAGAGAUGGAGAAUGCAGCAUGUAUGGAUCCGUGUGUGGCAGAGUCUGCUGUUGUUGCAGAAGAUGAUGAAAUAACAGGGCAAGCGCUUUGCUUCUUCGUAGUAUUGAAGAGCAGGGAGAUUUCUGACGAAAAGGUGAAAAAAUCAUUGAGGGGAACACUGAGAUGCAAAGUUGGAAGAUUUAUAAAUCCAAAGAGUAUUUUUGUGUGUAAGGAGAUUCCAAAAACAGCAAGUGGAAAGAUCAUGAGAAGAGUUCUCAGGGCGAUUUUAGUGGGAGAGCCAAUAGGAGAUGUUUCCACCUGUAUCAAUCCAAGUGCGAUUGAGGGCCUGAGGGAAGCAAUGUUUUCAGAGUAA